AUGGCCUAUGCAGGAAAAGCUCGUAAUAGCACUAUAAAUUGUGUGGCAUUUGAUGGCAAUAAUAUACUCUAUGGAUGUAACGCCCAGAGAUACUUAAACGGAAGUAAUACGUAUCCAAUCAAAGAUAUUAUGGGACGGGAUGUUGAUAAUGAAGAUCUUAUAAGGCUCAUAUUCACGGACACGACUCACGCGAGUGUUGACUUAAACGUCGAGUCGUUAUUCGCGUUACAAGUAUUGGAAAUGAAAUCCAGAGCUGAGACUCAGUUUGAAAACUAUAUACAAAAUGUGUUAUUCAUUGUUCCCACGUAUUAUAGCAUAAGACAAGUACAGGCCGUUAAAGACUCAGCUAAAAUUGCGGGAGUUGAACAUGCUCAUAUAUUGUCUCAUAUGAGUGCAGUGGCCAUUGAUUUUUGCUUUAACCCAGAUAAAUAUAACAGAGACAUUAAUUUGCAUAAUGUUCUCGUCUUAAUAUUAAAUCGCAGUAAUUGUGAUUUAGCACUCAUUGAAUAUACUGACCAUUCAGCCCGAUAUAAAGCCUACGAGGAAAUAUAA